AUGCCUCUUGCAAUACUUCAGAAUAAAUUAGAAAAUAGUAAUAAAAGAUUUAGUGAUAAUCUUAAUGGUACUCAGAUUCCCAAGGCCCUACAAGGUGUACAUAUAUCCAUUCCACAUUCCUCUUCUAAUUGUCGUAUUUGUUGUCUUGCCAUAUUUGCUGUUCCUGUGGUGCUUGUUAUCUUGUGGUUUUUACCUGUUGUCAUCUUGCAUCAUGCGCACACAUAUGCGAUUCUC